AGUUGACUUUGUAUGCGGUUUAUGUUGCUCGUGGUGGAGUUCGGGUUCAGAUAUAGCAUUAAUUGGGGCGCUUUCAUUUCUGUAGCGUUAGUGGUACUUUGCAUGUGUUAAUCUUGAUUAGGUUGCAUUUUCCUUAUUCUUUCUCAAUUAGUUUUUCUAUAAGUGGCUGUUAAAAGUAGAUCUACGGGAUAUUUUUCUUAACUGCAAUUAGUGAUUUGAUUACAAAUUAACUAUAUGCAUGACUCGCACUCACCUGGCAACACGUGUUGCAAGUGCGUAAUAGUUUUAGGUAUGACUGUUACCUUGAUAGAGAUAUAUUUGCAAAUGUAUUCCUUGGAUAUGUACGGUGUUCCUUGUGGCCUUUUUUGGGAGGGGGUGACAGGAUUAUGCACGGGAAUGAUCGAAUAGCGUGGCAAUACCGCUGUCACUGGUGAUAACUAAUGCAAUAACUGGAGAAAAUCACGAGCACCGUGCGCAGUGUUUUUUAUGGCGUGAUAAUGUAUUACGACACGGAGCAUUGUAGCAUAAUUUAUGGCUGUAUGCAAUUAUCGAUGUUAGUUUUGGUUAGCUAUUCAGAAUGUUUGGUUUCCACAAGCCGAAGAUGUACCGAAGUUUAGAUGGCUGCUGUAUCUGCCGGGCCAAGUCUUCCAGUUCUCGAUUUACGGACAGCAAACGCUAUGAAAAAGAUUUCCAGAGCUGUUUUGGCUUGCACGAAACUCGCGCGGGGGACAUCUGCAAUGCUUGUGUCCUUUUGGUGAAAAGGUGGAAGAAACUACCUGCGGGAUCAAAAAAGAACUGGAAUCAUGUGGUUGAUGCCCGUGCAGGACCCAGCAUUAAGACUACAAUGAAGCCAAAGAAACUUAAGUCCCUGUCUUCAAGAAGGCAGAAGUGCAGUCAGAUCAGUAAGCUGCAGAAAGAACUGAAACGGCAAAACUCUGAUGCUCAUAGUACCACAUCGAGUGCUUCCCCAGCUCAGUCUCCCAGUUACAGUAAUCACUCUGAUGACAACUCUGACACAGAGAUGGGUUCCAGGUCCAGCAGAACUCCAGUAUUCUCAUUUCUGGAUCUUACGUAUUGGAAAAGGCAGAAGGUGUGCUGUGGCAUUAUCUACAAAGGACGAUUUGGGGAGGUGCUUAUUGACACUCAUCUUUUCAAGCCAUGCUGCAGUAAGAAGGCUGCUGCAGAAAAGCAGGAGCAGCAAGUGAUCCAGUCUCCCUCCAUCCCUCACAGUGAUGAAUGGUGAACCCCACAUCUGCCCCUCCCCUUUUAUGUAAAUGUGCAGCUAUGUGGACUUGGGCAUCAAACUUGGAAAUACCAAAAUAAUUAUCGGUUUUGAACCCAUGCUAAACUGCCAAAAGACUGUAUAUAUUCGUUCUCACAAACUCUGUAUCUAUAUGUUCUAAAAUAUGUUAAUUUUUUGUUUUUAUAAAAGACCUAAAGACUGUACAUUUUAUGUGGAAAAAAACCUACUGUGGAAUAUUUUUAGCAAAAAGUUUUUGCUGCUGUAAAAGUGCUUUUCAUUUUCAUAGGCUCGCCUUUUUCUACUCCAUGUAAAACUGUCUUGAGAAGAAGAUACUGUAAUGCUGACAUACUGACAAAGAUCCCCUUUUUUUUUCUUCUUUUUCUUCUUCCGGGUAGUUAAAAUAAGUUGGCCAGUAAAGAUUUCAUUAGCGAUAGAGGAAUAAAGGCUUUUUAUUUAUAUCGAUUUGUAUUGGUGAAUAUAUUCACCACUGUGUGUUUUUGUGGUAAGGCCCUAACUUGAAAUCUGUCUGUUCUCUUGCACUUUGUACUGUGCCAUGCUGGGCAUCCCCCCCUCCCUUUUUUUCCCCUCCUUUUGACUGCAGAAAUGUUUCUAAUUCAUUUUAGAAUAAAGUUGUGCUAAACGUAAUGUCUGAUUAAGAGUAGGUCACUGUAAGUUUUGUGGACCUUUUUAGAUUUUUGUGUAUAUAAUGGAAUUUUGAGCCCUGUCUUCUGUUUGUAAUUUUCUGUUUUUAUGUCUAGUUAUGUUGAAAAUAGUGUUAGGGAAUUGGAUAAAAAGGUUUAUGUCAAAAUUUCUUUUUUUUAGAUAACACUAAGUUAACUUGUAUUGUGUAACAAGUGAGUGUUUUGUGACACAGCUGCUAUGCCACAUCUUGUCUGCUGUUGCAGUAUUAUUGGAGCUGGGUUUUCUUAAGAUGGGUUUUUCAUAUUGGCAGACCAUGGUAUUUAGUUAAGACUAAAGGUAUAAGUAGUGGGCAUUCUGUCUACUGCUGUUAUGCUGCAGCAUGUCUGCUAAUGGUAGUAUUAUUGGGAGUACAGUCAUUUUUGAUGGGCUUUUUCAUACUGGCAGACAGAAUUUGAAGUAAGACACAGACAGUUGGUGUCAUGGCAUUUCAUGUGUUUUUCUUUGCAUUUUAAAGAUGAAUCAGAGGUGUAUUUACCCUUCAGGUUGUUAAAUUGGUUUAUUGGUCUUUUGCAGUCUUACUCAUAACAUUUGAAAGUGCCUUGAUCCCCUUUUUUACAUCAGUACAUUUGAUAGGAUUCUGCAUCCGAUGCCAGUAUCAGUUGCAUACUUCAGGAGCUUUGCAGUAUGUUGUUUUGUGAGGGCUUAGUAUGUUGUGCAUCAGAUGGACUGCUUGGCCCAUCAGGUCUGCAGAUAUUCUUUUGCUGCAUUCAGGUUAAUGUCCCACUGAAUUAAAAUGCCUUUCACUAGAAUUUCUUUUAUUUUUUUUAAUUCUCAAAAUUGCUCCAUUUGUCUUCCAGUGUCCUUCAGAUACUUCUUCCUUUGUCAUUAGGUUAAUUGAACAUUUGUGUCCUUGUCAACCAGGUUCUCCUGAGACUGCUUUUAGUUUUUUUUUUUUUUUUUUUUUUUAUGUACUUUGCACCAUUUGAGAUGUUAUAGCUGCUCUGUCUUAAUGUCCAGUACCAUUCUCUCUCUCUUUGGAAUGCUUUACAACAUUGUGUUGGGUCUCCUUUUUUUAUUUCUUUACUGAUCUGUGUUUCAGUUGCUUGGACUUCUGAGCUGUCCUACUUCUUCAAAUAGAACCGUAUGCAUUUUGUUUGUAUGUUGCAAGUUCUCCAUAUUGCAGAAUACAGCAGUCAAAAAAACUUUUUAUACUGGGAUAUAGAAGUAUUAAUUCUGUAGUUUAAUUCUUUCACCCAGUUUCCUGUCAUUUUCAUAGUGUACCCCUGCAAACUUGUGAGCUGUAAUGUACUUAAAUCAUGAGACCUUUAAUUGUGCAUUUUCUUUUCAAAUAUGAAAUUUUAAUCUUUGCUUUGAUACUGGGUGCUUUUACAAUACUAUUUGCAUCAUUGUCCCACUUUCUUUGACAAUAACUGCAACUUUGUGUGUAGAGAGGUUAAAAGUACAUACCGCCUUAAAUAAUUCUGUGUAGAAGGAUUUUUUUUAUGCUUUGUGAACCAUAACAUGGAGCUAGACACAUUAGUGCCUGCCUGAGUCUAGUCAGAUCAGUCUUGCCAUAUUAAGACUGAAUGUGUGUGCAUCUAAUGGGGCUUUUAUUUUAUAGUAGUGCUACUAAAUAUUCUGUGCACUAAAGCAGUAUAUGUGGGAGUUGUUAACUUGCAUUAAUUUUUGUGCUUAGCUUGUAUAUUGAAGGAGGUGUGAACAGGAAUGACUUCACUCGUUUGUGUGUAGACCCUCUCCAGUACUCGGAAAUUCAUAUGUGGCCACCAUUCUGUCGUAUGCUGAAUAAUUAAGCAACAGUAUUAUGAAGGGCUUUGUUUGCACUGUAAAACUGUUUGCAAACAUCAGAAAUUUUUGUUUUUUGUUUUUUUGUAUAUUUUAUUAUGGGGAAAAUGGCUUUGAGCAGAAUAAAUUUUGAACUCGUCUGGUACGAGAAGAAUCGUGAUAUCUGAAAGCUUAGUAUCUCCUAUGCAAGGCAGGAACAUUUGCCAGCCUGCAUUUGCUCAUUGUUUAUACCCCGUACAUAGUGAUAAAUUUUUUUGUACCCGUUUCUACUAUUGUUUCACUUUUUCUGCUUAUUUGAAAAAUGCAGGUGUUAUAAUAUGAAAUGCAUGCCAUACUGUUUGUGUGGCACUCAUUAGUUUAAGGCAUAGAGCUGUUAAAUGACUGAACUGCUAUUAAAGGUCCUUAUUUUUCCUGAAUUGCUACUUUUUUUUUUUUCCAAAACGUAUGCCAUUUAAAAAAUGAUUGUGUGUUGGGGUGACCCAACACUGACCUGGCUUCACUGAACAGACAAGUCUGUGUUUAAAUAAUUUUGUUAAAUCCCUUGUAAACAUACCGCCUUUCUUCAUUGCAUAUUUGUCUCUCUAAGAGAAGCUUUUUGUGACAGGAGGAUCUUCCCACCUUACCAUAAAAACACAGUCCCCCUGCUCUUUGUUUUUUCAAACAUUUUGACUGCUGUAGAGAACCAUAAUUUCAAAAUAACAAUUCUUGUCUGGCUUAUUUUUUUUCCAGCAUGGUCAGUCCCUGUGUUGGAUUUGUGUUCAUUUUGGGUAGCAGUUUUAGUUCUGGAAUAUACUGUAAUAUGAAGCCUUACUUGUUUUGUAUUUAUUAUUUAUUUAUUCCUACAAUUCAGCCACUGACAGCAUUUCCAGCCCUGCCUUUGUAGUUAUUUUGUAGUCUCACAGGAUGUAUGUAGUCGUGCACUUUUUUAUUGUAGUAAAAAAGAUUUAUGGAGCCUGUUUUUUGUACUUUUUAUACUGUUCAUAUUCUUGUAAUCCUAUUUUUACUAGAUAUUAAAUAAAAGUUAGCCUUAUUUAA